GAGGUUGGCCCCACCAUGGUGGGAGACGAGCAUUCGGAUCCCGGCCUGAUGAGCUUCCUGGGCGCCACGAAGAGGAACAUGCUGGGGAACCACUUCUGGGAGUACUACGUGAACGACGCGCCGCGGAUAGUCCUGGACAAGCUGGAGAGCUGUGGUUACCGGGUGGUGAGCAUGACGGGCGUGGGCCAGACCCUGGUGUGGUGCCUCCACAAGGAAUAGCGAGGAAGACUUCUGCCUUCCUCCUGGACAAGACCCUGCUGAGGAUCAUCUCACACAGGACCAAGAGCAAACUUCCCUCCUUGAUUCCUUUCUGUCCCAGACUCCAGGCACUCGGGC